AUGAGAGAGUCUGUCGAUUGGAGAGAUAACGAGAGAGAUAGAGAGAAAGUGAAAACUUUGUCUCUCUGCCUGCCUCCCCGCCCGCCGCGGCCAUCCGUACAGUGUCUACAUUACCCAGAGAAAGAGAAAGAGCUAAAUAUGACUAAUUUUGUAGUCAUUUAA